AUGGCCAGCACAACCACACUCACCCCUCUGACGCAAAUCGCCUGGGCUCAAGACAAACCAUCACUGCGCAUCCCGACCACUGGCGGUCGAUCGCCCGACCAUGUAGAUCUUGCCAACGCUGUGGCGACAUUGAGAAGAACUCAACAAAAUGCUGGUCCAAUAAGCAGAUCGCGGCAAUGGCUCGGUGCCAAUACUACAACCGACUGUGUAGUUAUGGGCAAACCACCAGCCUCAAAUCGGGACAAAACCAGACACGACAGUUUCAACCGCUGCUUCGAGCCUACACCAAUCCGGCUCUGUGUUAUGAUUUUAACGAUCGACUACCACACCGAUGGCUAUUUCUGCCCUGUCUGUCCCAGUGGCCACAAAUUCACCACCAUCCAUUUUUACUGCAUCAAACACAAGUAG